GGCGUGUGGGUAGGCGGCGCUGGUGGCGCCUGCGCGUUGGGCUUCUCUGUGCGGGAAGAUGGUGCUCAUCAAGGAGUUCCGCGUGGUCCUGCCCUGCUCCGUGCAAGAGUAUCAAGUUGGGCAGCUUUAUUCUGUGGCUGAAGCCAGUAAAAAUGAAACUGGUGGUGGUGAAGGGAUCCAGGUUCUCAAGAACGAGCCUUAUGAGAAGGAUGGCGAGACGGGCCAGUAUACCCAUAAGAUCUACCACCUGAAGAGCAAGGUCCCUGGUUUUGUGCGAAUGAUUGCUCCCGAAGGCUCACUGGUCUUCCAUGAAAAGGCCUGGAACGCGUACCCGUACUGCCGGACAAUUGUGACGAACGAAUACAUGAAGGAGGAUUUCUUCAUCAAGAUUGAGACGUGGCACAAGUCAGACCUGGGGAGUUCGGACAACGACUACAGAGCGGAUGAGGACCCAGCCUUGUUCCAGUCGGUGAAGACCAAGAGAGGCCCUUUGGGGCCCAACUGGAAGAAGGAGCUGGCGGCUGAUGAGGACUCUCCCAAAGUGUGCGCCUACAAGCUGGUGACGAUCAAAUUCAAGUGGUGGGGGUUGCAGAAUAAAGUGGAGAACUUCAUCCAGAAGCAAGAGAAGAGGAUCUUCACAAACUUCCACCGGCAGCUCUUCUGCUGGAUAGACAAGUGGAUCGACCUCUCCAUGGAAGACAUCCGGCUGAUGGAGGACGAAACCCAGAGAGAGCUGGAAGCGCUGCGUAACCAAGGUCAAGUGAGAGGGACGAGUGCCGCGAACGACGAAUGAAGGCCCGCCCUCCCAGCCACGCUGUCAGCACGUGGAUCCACACGACUCUCUGCACAUCAGGGUUGUGCAUGCGUGUGCACACGGCAAGUGUGUGCACGUGUCUGGGGGGAGCUGCCACGGUUUCUCCAGGUACCGAAUCUCUUUCACAAAGGAAACCGCUUUCAUUAUGUAUACCUAAUGCAAACAAGCCCACCUAGUCUCACGUAAGGGGAGAAGAGGCGGCGGCGGCAGUGCAAUGGCUGUGUGUUCCAUGGCGGUGGCUGCUGGACCCAUCUACUCCUCCGUGUUCCCUGCCUGCCUGCCUGCACCCAGGAGCAGCCUGGCCCCCGAGCGUCCCCCCCGGAGGGGCAGCCUCCCCGGAGGGCCUCUUGGCUCCACUCGCCCCGGGGCUCUCGGCCGUGGCCCUCCUCCUCCGCUGGAGUCUCCCCCUGCUCCUAAGCAAACAGACUUGGGAUCAGCAGUUAACUCCUCGUCUCGUGUUUCCCCACAUCGUUUUGGAAUAAGAACUCUGAAUGUAUUUAUAGCUAUUUAUUUCUGGGUUGUCACUGUCUUGCAAUCAAAUCAGAAAUGUCUCUUGUAGCAGUAGUCAGUUUUUUGCUAUUAAGUGAAAAAGAAAAAGAAAAAAACAAGACAAGCCCCGCUUUUAUCCAUCUGCUGCUGCAAAGGAACAAAAUCUGUUUAGCUGGUAUUUUGUAUAUUGAAAAUGGAGUGUUUCUUCAUUAGAACUGGCAAACUAGGAAGAGGCUUGUGGUUCGUAAGCAUCAUGAAUGGGCCCGUUGUAGACCAUGGCUCAGUUCAGCCCGGGGCCAGGCCAGGCCUCGCUCCCCACAGAGGCCGCGACAGGGAGACAGCUGAGCAAACGAGACUUCUGGCUCUCGCUGCGUAAAAGGGUCGUUGCUGUUCAGAUGCAGGUGGCAAAAUCGUGACCUUAGCAUUUUUGGGGUUAGUAACGAGGUAAAUGCAAGAAGCUGGUCUCUGGAAGGCCUCCCGUAGAUCAUCUUGAGCGGCAGAGGCUUGGCGGAGCACUGGCCAGCGGGAGAGUUGGACUCUGGCCGGCUGCAAGGAGGGGCUGCUGUGGCCUGGAACCGGCCAGGCCCCAGGUCUCAGAGGUCUGCUGGGGGGGGGUGUGCCCAACCCCCAGUCCCCCCACCCCGGCCCUUUGCAUACAGAAACAUUCCACUGGGGAGAAGCCAGAGCUGCUGGGCGUGCGGGGCGGAGCGAGGUCCCCUGGUGGCUUCGUGUUGCCUUCCCCCGUCUCCUCCUGUGCCGGAUGGAGUGUGGCCCCCAAGGCUGAGCCUCCAAGGGGGCUGGCUGGCUCUUCCUGCCCUCGCAAGAUUGGCUUUGUAAAUAACUGUUUCUAAGAGACUGGCAAAUCUCUCGGCUGUUGCUCCCUCGUGAACGUGAGGCUUGCUUUCUCCCAGUGCAGGAAUCGGUUCCCGCUGCCGCUGCCGCCUCCGGCCCCAGAGCGAGGCUCUCCCAAAGUGACGCCAUGCCGCCAGUUUUGUAGGGGGGGUGGGGACAGUCCUCAAGCAUUGGGAAAGGAACUUUGUAGUGAAUGUAAACUUAGCUUCCUUCUGCAGUUUCUGGCCUGAACCGCAUUAAGGAAAUUUAAAUAAAUUUG